CUCUUCCAUUUUAAAAGGAACAGCUAUUGUGCUAUAUUUACAGGGAAAAUAAUGUUUUAGUUAAGUGUUUAAUAACUAAAGGCCAAUACUAGGAAAUGUAUUUUAGUGAACUUUUAACAAAUUUCACAGGGCAGAAUGUGGAGGAGUUUACCAUUACAGGAUUUGACCACCUGUCCCACCAGAAGCUCCUGGGCAUCCUCAUCUUCUUCACUUAUUUCCUGGUGCUUCUUGGAAGUGUCACCAACAUCUACAUCAUUGUGUCAGACAGACGACUCCACACACCAAUGUACAUCCUCAUCUGCAACCUGGCCUUGGCUGACAUCAUGUUCACUACCAGUGUCAGCACCACCAUGAUCUCUGUACUGCUGGCUGAGGUCAAAACCAUCUCCUACUACUCCUGCAUCUCACACAUGUACAUCUACCACCUGGGUGGCAUUGAAGAGUGUCUUGCCUUGUCACUAAUGGCUUUGGACAGAACUGUCGCCAUCAGCUCUCCUCUUAGGUAUCACAGCAUCCUGACCAACCCACGCAUCUUCCUGUUGAUCAUUGCUUCCUGGUUGAUAGGGAUCGGGGUAAUGGGGAAAGUAGCAGCUCAGGCAGACAGCCUUCCAUACUGCCAACCUGUCAUCAGAUACGUGUUCUGUGACUAUCCUGCUAUGGUCAGAGCUGCCUGUGUCGACCCUGAACCCUAUUGGAUGAUAACCAUAAUCUUGGGUAUUUGGCUGCUUGGUGUACAGUUCACAUUCAUUCUGCUGUCCUACAUGAAACUCAUCUACACUGUACUGAGGCUACCCAACACUGGGAGCAGAGUGCAGGUGUUUAAUACUUGUAUUUCUCACAUCAUUGUGGUGUCGAGUUACUACGCUCCCAAGCUUGUCUCUGUGUUGUUGACUAGGAUAGGCGUAACACUCAGUCUGACAGAGCGUAAUGCCAUACUGAUUAUAGCUACUCUUUUGCCUUCUCUGAUCAACCCUACAGUCUACUGUCUAAAGACCAAAGAGAUUAGAAGGAGACUGGUUCAGAUGCUGACUAGAAAAAAAAUAGCAAUGAAGCAGUGAUUAGUAUUGUUAUUCUGUCUGCAAUUUAAUCUAAUGCAGCACUAGUAUACACUGUGCUCACAUUAGCAGUGUCUGUUGAAUGGGAUUUCUUUCAAUGCAGUAACACAUGUUUUAAAUGCUACCUUUUCCGCAAGUGCAAUCAGAUUGAAUCCAGGCCCUGAUC